AUGGCGAGCCUCACUUCCGGCGGCAUCGAGCCGAUGGGGGAGAUCACCGGCGGCGACGAGUCCGCGACUGACCAGAUCAAGAACACGUGGCUGCACAUGGCGGUCGCGCAGCCUUACACGUGCCUCGCCAAACCAGAGCGUUUCCAGUCGGAUCCCCCCGCGGCGCUUCGCCUCCGCGACAUGCCCCUCCAGCACACUGACAGCGUCGUGAACCUCAAGCGUUUAGUCGACUGGGUGACGCCGGAGGAAGGGCCUGCGCCGCAAUUGGAUACUGUUGAGGUCUAUGUCGCCAUGUGCGGCGGCAACUACAAGGCGCUGCCAGCCCCGUUCAGACCGAACAAGGACCCUGGCGAGAUCGCAGUCGCAAUGCAGCUCUACACCUCGCCGAAGGAAGACAACGGUCGGCAGUUCGCUUUGAAAUGCAUCAAGUUCGAGAAGGCCACGCGGACGGACAUCGCGAAGGAGGUCUUUGUCUCUGGCACGGCGCUGACUCCCCACUGGGGAAACUCGCCCGACAAGAAGACGCCGCUGAAGCUCUUUCACUAUAUGAUGGACAGGUUGGGCGGAGUGCAGAUCAGCAGUUGGGUCCAGCCAUCCGCGGCCGCCGCCGCAGCCGCAGGGGCCGAUGUACAUGACAAGGGCAAGCGGAAGGCGGGUUACCGUUACAUCGAGAAGCACGGCCCGAAUUCCAACAACAACAAUCAGUUCGUGGAGCGGACCGACGAGAUGAUUCACGACGAGAACUCUCCGAUCUUAGGAUGGAUGGCAUCAGGCGUCAAGGAGUCGCCCCGCAACUACGCGUCGGGCGCUGUCUGCGCGAGGACACUCGGGCGCUGGGCGGUCACUCUCAAGCGGUUUGACCCGUCCCCGUUCGACCGCAUCGUCGUCCCCAUCCUUAGGAGCCACGACGUCCAUGGGACAAUGUGGAUCGGAAAGACCAGGGUCGGCAAAUCCACAGCAUCCAAGACGAUCGGCUUCGCUAUUUCUGCCUACCAGAUUGAGAAGCACCGCCGCCCUGACCUCCUCCCGAGCGUCAUCACGGCGAAGAAGAUCGUCUUCUUGCGCUUGGAGCCUGGGGCCAUGUUCAAGCCCGCCAUCGCAGACGAUACCGUGUUGGCCAAGUGGGAACCCGACGCGGUCAAGGCAUUCCUCGACCCCGCCGAGGAAGACGCGCUGCUUUGGGCGAGGUGGGGCGGCGCCUCUUUCGAGCAGAACCUGUCCCGCCAGAUCUGCGUCAAUCCGUAUAGCGAGGAGUUCGAGGCGACGGUCAAGUCCGUCAGCAGGGAGAAGGAAGAGGUAGCAUUCAGUGACUUCAUCAAGAUUAUCGACUGCAGUUUCAUCUGCGAAAAAGCAGCGCAGCUACCAGAUGACGGACGUGGAGGCGUACAUGGCGAGGUCCAACUUUGUGCUCCUCUCGCCGAACUGGGUGCACUUUCGGGCGGCAUCCACGACGAAGGAGCAAAACCCUCGCUUUCCGCGGCCAGUUCCCGCGAAACCAGAUCUCUCCACGCCCCUGACGCACGACAUCCUCAAUGCAUUCAAGAAAGACCAGACUCGCGUUCCAUCCGAUUACGACCAGCGCACGAGGUGGGCCGUGGCCGCCAUGAGGAAGUCAGCGCGGGGCGGGGAGCUCGGGCAGUCAUCGGCGGUCCGUGGCCCCGCGCUCUUCGACCAGGACGCGCCCACGAUAUUCAUUCCCAGAGGUGGCCACGCAGCCGCCGAGCGGCAGGCAGGGGGGCGAAUGGUUCCCACGAGCGGCCGCUGGUCAGCCGACCAGCGCCUCGUGCCCCGUUCUCGAAGAUACGCGUGAUAUCGAUAAGCAGCUGA